UGAGUGGGAGUCUAAAUUAACAUAGUUUAAUGAAACAUUCCCCCACCCAUAGGAAUACGAUGAUGGUGGAUGAAUUUGCUUUUCUGAGGUCUGGAAGUCCUGCUUCUGAGGCUGCAUCUAACCCUGUUUCUCACACACGAUACCAUUACGUGUUUAGUAAAAUCUUGGACUUUCUCAUUUUUGCCCUGGGGCUGAGACGGAAACUCCAAGACCCCCUCGGGGCAAGUGGGAGGGGAGACUAAACUACAACUCCCACUGUCCUCUGCUGCUCAGCCGGCCAGUACUAGCGCGGUCCGAGAGCGGAGCCCCGGGCAAGGGGUCGGGUCCCAGCCCUCUGGCUAGAAGAUGCAGCACGCUAGGAUCUCGGCUUGGCGACUGUGGGGGCGUCUCUGCGUUGUUGCGGCGGGGGCCCGAAGUAGUCGCCCCGCAGCAGCCCGACGGUCUCUGAGUUCGGGGCAGCAGGAAGCCUUGAAGAAAACUCCACUGUUUGAUUUCCACAAGAGCCAUGGUGGGAAAAUGGUGUCUUUUGCUGGUUGGAGCCUACCUGUGCAGUACCAGGACAGCCACUUAGAAUCCCACCUGCAUACCCGAAGACAUUGCUCCCUAUUCGACGUGUCCCACAUGCUACAGACUAAGAUAUUUGGUCAGGAUCGAGUGAAGAUGAUGGAGAGCUUGGUGGUCAGUGACAUUGCUGAACUGAAGCCAAACCAGGGGACUCUGACUCUUUUCACCAAUGAAGAAGGUGGUAUCAUAGAUGACCUGAUUGUGACAAACACAUCUGACAAGUACCUAUAUGUGGUGUCCAACGCUGGAUGCCGAGAGAAGGACAUGGCCCUCAUGCAGAACAAGGCCUCUGAACUGAGAAGUGCUGGCUGUGAUGUGAACCUGGAAGUGAUUGAUAAUGCCUUGAUAGCCCUACAAGGUCCUUCAGCGGCCCACGUGCUACAGGCUGGAGUAUCCGAUGACCUUAAGAAGCUGACCUUCAUGACCAGUGCUGUGAUGGAUGUGUUUGGAGUGCCCGGCUGCCGUGUGACACGCUGUGGUUACACGGGGGAAGAUGGUGUGGAGAUCUCGGUGCCAGCAGAGAAGGCCAUCCACCUGGCAGAGGCGCUGCUAAAGAACAAGGAGGUCAAGCUGGCAGGGCUGGCAGCCAGGGACAGCCUGAGGCUGGAGGCAGGUCUUUGCCUAUAUGGGAAUGACAUUGAUGAGCGCACCACCCCCGUGGAGGGGAGCCUGGGCUGGACUCUGGGAAAACGACGAAGAGCUGCCAUGGACUUCCCUGGUGCUGCCAUUGUUGUUCCCCAGAUGAAAGGAAAGCUGACCCGUAAGCGUGUGGGGUUGAUGUCUACCGGAGCACCUAUUCGACAGCACAGCCUCAUCAUGAACACAGAGGGAGCUGUCAUUGGGGAAAUCACUAGUGGCUGCCCCUCUCCCUGCCUGAAGAAGAAUGUGGCCAUGGGUUACGUGGAUGGAGAAUACAGCAAAAUUGGGACCCAGCUGAUGGUGGAGGUACGGAAGAAGCAGCAGGAAGCAGUGGUUAGCAAGAUGCCCUUUGUGCCCACUCGCUACUAUACUUUGAAGUGACCUGACCCACUGAACUCUUCUUCCUGCCUUUUUAUCAGGUUGAAUGGGACAUAGAUCCAUACAGAUCCUCCUGUGGUUAGUUGGUGUUGUCUGGGAGAGGGAGGAAACCCUAACUUGUAAGUGGAGAACUGAGCAGCUCUUCCAGGACCUUCUAGAGAGAUGAGUAUAGAAGUCAGGAGCUGGAUAGGGAAGAAAAGAAUUAGGGGCAACAUGAUUUAAUGAAAACCUGGAGGACCUAGGUUUGAAUUCUGACUGCUCAUUAUUCUUGAUAUGACUUUGGGUAAGUUGUUUCUCUCUGAGCUAGUUUCCUCCUCCAUCAAUUGAGAGAUAAUUGUCCUGGUGUCACCUACCUCACAUAUCUUUUGGGAGGAAAAAUACUUUGCAAAUCUUAAGAGUGAUUGCAGAAAUGGGAACUAUGAUUAUAAUAAAGGCACUUCUGGUAGCCAUGGACCAAAAAAAGGGCACCCAAGGUUGGGGAAAUUGCCUUAGGGUGUACUAGAUAUGGGGUGGAGAGGAACAAGGCACAAUCCUCCUGUCCACAAGGAAUCUUGUUCUGAGGGCCAACAGAAGGGACUUAGCCAAAUGCCAUUUCCAAUGUUUUCUAAACAGUCAACUCAGUUUUCUGGGCUUUGGUAUGUUCAGAACUUUUGAAUAACUCAAAUUACAGAACCUCAGAAGAUCUAACACAAAAUGGUACCUGAAGUGUGAAUCCCCUCUAUGACAUUACAAAACCCUAACCCUCUGCUUCAAGACCUCCAUGAGUGACAGCCUUCUGUGUUGAGAAUAUUUUCCUCAUGUUGAAACACAGUUUGCCUCUACAACUUCUCUCUCCCCCCAUCUUAGUUCUGCCUUCUGUGGCCAAGCUGAAUAAGUCUUAAUUAUAGAAUCCUAGGUUUUAGUGCCUUGACCAUAACAUGUACUUAGUAAAUAUUUGCUGAAGAAACUUUAGACAUAAUUUUAGAGAUAACCCAACCUCUUAAUUUCAUGAUGAAGAAAUUCAAAGGCCAGAAAUAAAUUCUUCUACCAUUUAAUUUUCCUUCUCUUCUCAGUUUACAUUCCUACUAACGUGUUCUGUAACUAAUAUUGUUUGCCUUUGCAGGGCCUACACAUAACUCAUUUAUUCAUUCCUUCAACCAACAUUUAUCAAACCUGUACUAUGAGUAGAGACUACUUUGCUCAAGAUGAGCCAAUGCAAGAUUCCUAGACAGGGACAUGCAUUUUCCCCAAAACAUUUGACAGAGGCAGUCCCACAGUAUGUUAGGCAGGGAAGGCAGCCUGGGCGUUCAUGCCACAUAGCAUGAAAAAUCUGUUAAGUCGAGUCUUGUGUUAUUUGAGCUAUGGAGAAAAUGUGGUUACAGAUACAUGAAAAGGGACCCUUCCCCAUAUCAAUUUACAGGUUGUAUGGGAAGUGUCAAUGCCCAGGCAGCCAUCCUUUAAAUACAUAUGGGACUACUUUACAAAUGUAUACCUACUCCCUUGGCCAGGUUGAGCUAGGGAAAGGUCUAUUCUACUAUACUGUGACAUUCCAAGGCCCAGGCCUGUACCCUGCAAUCACUUUCUGUAUGGGACUGGGCUUGACUAUUUCCUGUUGUUGUCUUAUCGGUUCCUUAGAUAAAGAAAUCCUGAUAAUUUCAAA